UAUAACUCGCGGCCGCGAGAGUGACACUAUUUCUAGCGUCGCAGCACGCACAUAGGGGUCUUCCUCCUAUCUUGGACCCGCGUCACACGGCACCCAGCCUCAAGUGACAGCACGCAACGGCCGCACAGGCUUUUCCUCCAUCUCUCUCUUGCACCAUCAUCAUCAUGCAGUCUCCGCCGAGCGACAGUCCCACGAGCUCGAGUGAGGCGCCGUCGUCGAGCGACACGUGUCCCUCGACGGCUCAUCAUUCGCGCAGGCCGACCAUCUCCUCGGUUGCCUCGCACUCCUCGGACGAUGCCUUCUGGAUGACGCGCAUCGGCAAGCCGAUCUUGCGCAUGCUCGAGCUGGCGCAGUACAGCGACAAGGCUGUCCGGGCGCAUGAGGAGUUCCUGCGCGACUUCAUCGUGCCCGCACUUGGCCUCGCACCAGCAGCACCGGCAUGGGCACAGUCGCGGCUCGUGCCUCGCUUUCCGUCCUUCAUGUGCGACGACAACACGCCCGUCGAGCUCGGCAUCACAUGGGCCAAGGGUCGCCCCGCGAUCCGCUUCAGCAUCGAGUGCAUCGACCAUCCCACCGAGCUGCUAGCGCACGGCGGCGUCAACUUGCGUGCCUUCAACGAGCUCGUGGCGCGCCUCGAUGCCAGUGAGCUCGGCGACUUUGGCACGCUGCGGAAGCUGCGCGACGCCAUGACGACGACGACGCCGCUCUGCGACGAUGUGGCGGUGUCGAGUCAGGCAUUCAUCGCAUGGGACCUCUCGCACGAUGGCACGACUGCCACCAAGGUGUACUUCAUGCCGCAUGCCCGCGCGAAAGCCACGGGCAUGAGCAACCUCGAGGUCGUCGAUGCUGCGUUACGGAGCGUCGGCAUGGACGCGUGCGCCGGCUGGCAAGCGACCAAGUCGUACAUCGCCAGUUUGGAGGUGGCCGACCGUCCGGAAGUGCUUAUCUUGUCGACCGACUGCAUCGCGCAAGGCGCCAGAUUCAAGGUGUACCUGCGCUACCCGACUAGCGAAGCUGAGGAGAUUGCACAGCAUCUCUCGCUCGGCGGCGCCUCAUUCUCGGGCUGGCGCGAGCCGCUCGAUCAGGUGUUCGCUGCACUCGGCCUGCCGACGAGCAUCGGCCCACUGGAUGACUCGGAGCAUCUGACCGGCGGCACGCUGCUCUAUGCAGAGUUCACGGCGACGUCGAGCAGACCGUCGAGCAAGGUGUACCUGCCGGUGCGCCACUGGCCGCAGUGCAGCGAUGCAUCGGUGGCCGAGGGCAUCGGACAGCUGGUCUCGCUGUGGUCUGGCAGCAGUAGCAGCCACGGCCUCGACAUCGAAGGCGGCUAUCCUGCGGCUGUUGCUUCUCUCUUCCCGGACCGCGACCUUGCGUCACGCGGCGUGCACAACUACGUCUGCAUCGGCCAGAAGCACGACGGACGUCUUGAUAUCUCAGCCUACCACAACCCGCAGCUCUUCACGCCCUUGCCGCUCCAGCCCAACGCCGUCUCCUUAGCUGCCGCGUCCACGCAGACAUGCGAGGCGCUCAAGCUGCCUGCGGUGACUCAGAGCGAGGAGCUCCCUCGCGAUGCCGCUGCACCGCGUGCAGUCGAGGCGCCACUGCCCACGACAUCGCCUUCCUCCUUGCCUGCAGCGCCAGCGGAGAAGGUGCGAGACUCACCGCUACGUCGCUUCCGCAUGGCCGCUCGCUUGAACAUGCUGAUGCGCCGAGGCGUGGCUCGCUGGCAGCAGCGCAGUCAGAGUGCUGCUCCCGUCCAGGCUUGAGUGCGCCCUUCUCCUUCCGAGGACACGUCGCCCUGCUGCUUCCUUUCCUGCUCAGCGACCCGCCACCUUCGAUUAUUCAUGUGCCCAGCGCGGCCCCUCACCUAUCACGUCUGCCAGCUGGCCUGCAGCCUUGCUCUCCUGGCGAGAUGCCCCUCAUGUAGACCCGUCACGA